AAUGCCCGUGUAACACUUUCAUGAACGCGCUCGCACGCCCCUGUGCGCGUGAACUGCAGAUCAAGAGUCUACUCAACCUUGUGAACGCGCACACAAGAGUGCGCGUGCAAGAGUUCUUACGCAUGCGUGUAUUUGGGAACGCGCGUGCGUUGUCUGACAAAAGUUGGUGGUAAAACUCGGUCGCAAGAUUUAUGGGUUUCUUAUGGGCAUGACGGUUGGUGGAUCUUAUGUGGUCCCAAAUCUGUGCGCGGGGAAUUCCUUUAAGACUCGGAGGAGAUGAAUUACGAAUUUGAGCGAGAGACGGGCUUUAUCAAUAGUCAGCCGUCGCUCGCUGAGUGCCUGACAUCUUUUCCCCCUGUCGCUGAUGCAUUUCAAAGUUCAUCAAUCAAGAGCUCGACGCUUUCACGCUCGACACUGAUUCCUCCUCCUUUCGAGCAGACCAUUCCCAGGCUGAACCCAGGCAGCCACCCUCGCCACAGCCGCCCCAAGCAGAACCCGAACGGCGUGUGCCCGCUGCCAGCCGCCUCGUUACCCCCGGAGUACCCGUGGAUGAAGGAGAAAAAAGCUUCAAAGAAAAACCAGACCUCUGCUGCAGCCACAGCCGACCCUGCACCACUCUACUUCUCUCCUGAAGGUUCGCCGGAGGUUUCUGACGGUGGCGGAGGUGGCGGCGGCACACGCAGGCUGAGAACGGCCUACACCAACACACAGCUCCUGGAGCUCGAGAAGGAGUUUCACUUCAACAAGUACCUGUGUCGCCCACGCAGAGUGGAGAUCGCCGCGCUGCUCGACCUCACGGAGAGGCAAGUAAAAGUUUGGUUUCAGAACCGGCGCAUGAAGCAUAAGCGCCAGACGCAGUGCAAGGAGAACCAAAACGGCGAGACUAGAACUGUGAGUCUGGAGGAAAACACCGCCCAUGGCAAGGUUUUUUACGAACAAUCGGGAACGAACCCAGUUUCUGGGGCUCUUUUGGAAAACGAGAGUUACGCGUUCCAGCAGAACACUACGCAGAAUGGACACAAUGGAGAGUCACCAAACUCUACUGUUUCGCCUCUCAACAGUAAUGACAAAAAUCUGAAACAUUUUCCCAACCCGUCACCCACUGUUCCCGUGUGCGCCUCUACAAUGGCUGUGGACGGCGCAGCUGCUCGGGACAAUAGCACUCCACCAGGCCUGGACGGCCCCAUGCACGACUUUCACGUUUUCUCCACAGAUUCCUGCUUGCAUCUCUCAGAUUCCAUCUCUCCGAGUGUUUCUGAGACGGUGGACAGCCCCAUGGGUUUAGGAACAGAAUCAUUUGAUUUCUUCUCAGAGACGCUUACGACGAUCGACUUACAACACUUAAACUACUAACAAUUUUGAGCACAAGGAAGCCCUGUUAUCUUUCUCUACGUUGAUGGAUGGUCAGUCUGUUUUAAUUAUACCGUUUGAAAAUUAGACCUAGACCAUUAGCCUGCGAUGGGUUAAGUUAAAUAUGAGUGAUUGAACGAUUAUUUGUGUUUACAAUGCAAAAAACAAAAAAGAAAGUGAUAUUUUUCCUUUUAUUUUUGUAUAAUCUUUGCGGCAGUGUGCCAUAUUUUCUUAAAAUAAAAUUUUUACAUUGCUCAAGAGAGAAAGCAAGGCCGCUGUUUUUGCAUACAUUUACACCAUUUUUUGUAAAAUUUUGCUCCGCGCCAAAACAAAAAAUCAUUACAUUAAAAGACAAAAAACAACAACAAUAAUUUGUAGGAUACGAUAACGGUCAGUAUAGUGUGAUGUAAAAAUAGCCUGUGAAUCUUAUCUUAAGAUAAGAGCAAACGAAAUCUUAGCAAAUUAAAACUUACUGCGAAUAACCACCGUAUGAUUUGCGUACAGUUUAAUAUUAAUAAAAUACAGGCAGAAAAAUAUAUUGCUUGUUGGUGACAAAAACACAACCAAACAUCGAUCUUAACUGUUGCAUAUUAGACACAGAUAGGCCCGAAAUGCGCAACAAAAUAAUACAGAAACACCACAUGCAAUGAAAGAGAUGUAUGUAUAUUCUGGUGUAUGGUGGGGAAAACUAACUCUCACUGUAUCGGAAAACACGGGUAGCACCCUGUCCAAGAGCUGUAGCUUUCAAGAGUUUAGCAAUUAAAUUUUAUAGCCUAUUAAACCUUCGACAGCGGGGUUAGUGUCGAUGUCGCAGUACGAGUAAUUCAAUCUAGAGCUAGGGACGCUAUACUCACCAUUAAUCACUAAAAGGGAAUUAAACUUGUUUUAAAUUUAGUUCUGAAACA